GAAUCGGGAUCAACAUGGGAGUGGAAAUCUCCAAGUGGCUGGAACUGUUCCCCCAGAUUUGGCCCAAGGUUGGCACUUUAGAUCAGCACUUCCUUGUGCCAUUUAUGCGGGAGGUGCUGCGCGCCUGGGGGCUCGUGUCGGUGUCGAAAGAGGCCCUGAUCCAUAUGUUAACUAAGUCGAAUGACCCAAAGCAUGCGGACAAUCGCGAUGGCUUCACAUCCAAUGCGUUGGCCAUACUUGUGGGUGGCGCUCUAGAGGCCAUGGACUCGCAUCCUGGCCAAUAUAUACUGACCCUGAAGAGCCGCAAGGGAAUCGUCAAAAUGGCCAUAAGAACAGGUUCAUCGAUUGUGACCUCAUUUUCCUUUGGGGAGGUGGACAUAUUCGAUCAGUUGGCUAAUCCGACGGACUCCCUACUCCGUCGCGUACAGUCUGUGGUGAAGAAACUGACGGGCGUUGCCCCGCUGAUUCCAGUCGGUCGCGGUUUCUUCAAUUAUACCUUCGGCUUCCUUCCCCAGCGCCGUCACAUCGUUCAAGUCGUCGGCGCCCCCAUCGAUGUGGUAAAGAGUGAUCAACCGGAUGCCGCCUAUGUGGACAAGGUGCAUGGCCAGGUCAUGGAGGCUCUGGAAAAGAUAUUCGAUCAAAUGCAUGAAACUGAAGACGUGGAGUGGGAUGAAUACUAA